CAAGGAUUUGCAGAGCAGACAAGAGUUACAAACUUCGUUGUUUCGCCUCGCUCAUUUCUCCACCACCUUUCCUUGCGCCAUCUCAAUAUCCGCCCGCUGUUUACGCAAUUCGGAAGAAAAUGGUGAAGUUCGAGGUGUCGCGAGUGGUGACCACGCCCUUCGAUGGCCAGAAGCCCGGCACCUCUGGCCUCCGCAAGAAGGUGAAAGUUUUUGUACAGCCCCAUUACUUGGAAAAUUUUGUGCAAUCAACAUUUUAUGCCCUUUCAGCUGAGAAAGUCCAAGGCGCUACACUUGUUGUUUCUGGUGAUGGCCGCUAUUACUCUAAGGAUGCUAUCCAGAUAAUAAUAAAGAUGGCAGCUGCAAAUGGAGUAAGGCGUGUCUGGGUAGGUCAGAAUGGAUUGCUUUCCACUCCUGCCGUGUCGGCUGUGAUCCGUGAAAGAGUUGGGCAUGAUGGAUCCAAGGCUACAGGAGCAUUUAUUCUGACAGCAAGUCAUAAUCCCGGUGGUCCCCAUGAGGAUUUUGGAAUCAAGUAUAACAUGGAAAAUGGUGGACCUGCUCCUGAGGCGAUCACUGAUAAGAUCUAUGAAAAUACAAAAACAAUAAAAGAAUAUCUAAUCGCAGAAGGUCUCCCUGAUGUGGAUAUUGCUGUAAUUGGUGUCUCGAGCUUUAUGGGGCCAGAGGGUCAAUUCAAUGUUGAGGUUUUUGAUUCAGCCAGCGACUAUGUUACAUUAAUGAAGUCAAUUUUUGACUUCCAGGCUAUCCAAAAGCUGCUUUCAUCUCCAAAUUUUACUUUCUGCUAUGAUGCUCUACAUGGAGUUGCUGGAGCGUAUGCCAACCGCAUAUUUGUGGAAGAGCUUGGCGCGCAAGAGAGCUCAUUAUUGAACUGCACACCUAAGGAGGAUUUUGGAGGAGGUCACCCAGAUCCAAAUUUGACAUAUGCAAAGGAGCUGGUAGCACGGAUGGGUUUGGGCAAGUCAAGUCCUCAUGAUGAGCCACCAGAAUUUGGUGCUGCAGCUGAUGGUGAUGCUGAUCGUAAUAUGAUUCUCGGGAAAAGGUUCUUUGUUACUCCAUCGGAUUCUGUUGCUAUUAUUGCUGCAAAUGCUGUUGAAGCAAUACCCUACUUCUCCGGUGGCCUAAAGGGAGUUGCCAGGAGCAUGCCGACAUCAGCUGCCCUGGAUGUUGUUGCUAAACAUUUAAAUUUGAAAUUUUUUGAGGUUCCAACUGGCUGGAAAUUCUUUGGUAACUUAAUGGAUGCUGGAUUAUGUUCAGUUUGUGGGGAAGAAAGUUUUGGAACUGGUUCAGAUCAUAUACGUGAAAAAGAUGGUAUCUGGGCUGUUUUGGCAUGGCUUUCCAUCCUUGCCCAUAAGAAUAAGGAAAAUAUCCAUGGUGGAAAGCUUGUAUCAGUCGAAGAUAUUGUUCGCCAGCAUUGGGCAACUUAUGGUCGCCACUAUUACACUCGUUAUGAUUAUGAGAAUGUUGACUCAGGGGCUGCAAAGGAACUAAUGGCAAACUUGGUCCAGUUGCAAUCUUCCCUUGCUGAAGUUAAUGAGAUUGUCAAGGGAGUACAUUCGGAUGUAUCAAGUGUUGUUCAUGCUGAUGAGUUUGAAUACAAAGAUCCUGUUGAUGGUUCUAUAUCGAAGCACCAGGGUGUUCGAUAUUUGUUUGAAGAUGGGUCGCGCCUGGUUUUCCGCCUCUCAGGAACCGGCUCAGAAGGGGCAACAAUUCGUCUUUACAUUGAGCAAUAUGAGAAGGAUCCCUCGAAAACUGGGAGAGAUUCUCAAGAAGCUUUAGCUCCUCUGGUGGAUGUCGCACUCAAACUCUCCAAGAUGGAGGAAUUUACUGGCCGAUCUGCUCCCACUGUCAUCACAUGAUGGGGAUGCUGACUAAAUGACAGGAAGAGCCGACCCAACGAAUAUGAAAGAGUUCUCUAAACAGUUGGCAACCUUGCUAGACCUUUCACAAGUUUGUUUCAUAUGGUAGACUUCAUGAGAGGCACAACUCGAUCUCUCUAUUAUCUUUUAUCUUUUAACAAUAAGUUCUUGAAAUAAUAUGUGCUAUUCAGUCUUAUUGUAAGUACAGUUGCGUCCUUGGUGGAUGCUAAUCGAGCUGCGUAUACCGAA